GCCCUGCCCGCCCGAAGGAGUUGCGCCGGGGCGCGCUCGUGUCUCCUUGCCGGGGAGCCGCCAAGAUCACCUUCGUGCCGGGAGCGAGACAGCCGGGGAUGCAGCCCGCCACAGCGCUCGCCCGCUGCUAGGACUCCGUGGUGGACAUGGGCAGAGCUCUGACAAACACCCUGGUGCUGUCCAUGGUGCUGGGCAGUUCAGCUGUCCUAAUGGAUACGUUGUCGCCAAGCCCUGGGGAACCAGUGGUAAAUGUGGCUGUGGUUUUUGGAGGCUCUUCGUACCCUCUCCACGUACGCAGUCGACUGACUCAACAGAAUUUCCUGGACAUUCCUCUGGAGAUCCACCCUGUCACAGUGGUAGUGAAUGACACCAACCCAAGUACUCUCUUGACCCAAAUCUGUGACAUACUUGCCAGCACAAAGGUCCAUGGAAUUGUCUUUGAGGACAACAUUGGCACAGAAGCCGUGGCUCAGAUCCUUGACUUUAUCUCAUCCCAGACCUAUGUACCUAUCAUCAGCAUCAGUGGAGGAUCAGCUGUGGUCCUGACACCCAAGGAACCCGGCUCUGCGUUUUUACAGUUGGGUGCCUCAAUCGAGCAGCAGAUCCAGGUGAUCUUCAAAGUCUUGGAGGAGUAUGACUGGAGCUCCUUUGUUGUUAUCACCAGCCUAUACCCAGGAUACAAUGUCUUUCUGGAUGUGAUACGGUCCUUCACAGAUGCCAGCUAUUUUGGCUGGGAGAUGCAGGAACCCCUGACCUUUGAGAUGACUCAGGACGAAGGCGAUACUAGAAUGCAGAGGAUGCUGCGUCAGAUCGAUGCUCAGGUGAUGAUUGUGUACUGCUCACGGGAGGAGGCGGAAUAUCUCUUCCAAGUGGCAGAGCAGGUUGGCUUGAUUGGACCUGGUUAUGUCUGGAUUGUGCCUAGCCUGACUGUGGGGAACAUGGAUGUCCCACCCAACUCUUUUCCUAUUGGCCUCAUCAGUGUGGUCACCGAGAACUGGAAAAUGAGCCUAAGGCAGAAGGUCCAGGAUGGUGUGGCUAUCAUUGCCCUGGGAGCAGAGAGCUAUUUCAAGACCUACGGCUACCUCCCUACGGUGGGCAGAGACUGCAAGACAUCUCCUAGCACUCCUGCAAACAACACUUUUUACAGGCAUUUGCUGAACGUGACUUGGGAGCAGAGGGAUUUUUCUUUCAAUGAAGGUGGUUACUUGGUGAGACCCACUAUGGUGGUGAUUUCCCUGAAUCGGCAUCGGCUUUGGAAGAUGGUAGGGAAAUGGGAAAAGGGGAUCAUCCGGAUGAACUAUCCAGUAUGGCCACGCUAUGGAUCUUUCCUACAGCCAAUGGCAGACAAUCACCACCUCACAGUGGCUACCCUUGAGGAGAGACCCUUUGUGAUUGUAGAGAACACAGAUCCAAACACAGGAGUGUGUAUCCGCAAUACUGUCCCCUGCCGGAAGCAGACCAACUACACUGAGAGUGGUGAUGAACCCCCUUAUACCAAACUCUGCUGCAAAGGCUUUUGCAUUGAUAUUUUAAAGAAGCUGGCGAAAACGGUGAAGUUCUCCUAUGACCUCUACCUGGUGACAAAUGGGAAACAUGGGAAAAUAGUGGAUGGUUUCUGGAAUGGCAUGAUUGGUGAGGUUUAUUACAAGCGAGCAGACAUGGCCAUUGGGUCCCUCACCAUAAAUGAGGAGCGCUCUCAAAUCGUGGAUUUCUCCGUGCCCUUUGUGGAGACUGGCAUCAGCGUCAUGGUGGCAAGAAGCAAUGGAACUGUCUCACCUUCUGCUUUUCUAGGUAUGGCCAACAGAUCAGCUUGGGUGAUCUGUUCUGUGAUGCUAGGGAUUAAAACUGGGAUUUCUGCAUUUAUCAGCGAGUAUUUCUCUGAACUGGGGAAUAGUAGAUCUCCCAAAAGAGGGGCCCUUCCAUAAUCUGGAGGCCCUUCUUUCACUAUUGGCAAAUCAGUCUGGCUGCUCUGGGCCCUGGUCUUCAACAAUUCAGUGCCCAUUGAAAACCCCAAAGGCACGACCAGUAAGAUCAUGGUACUCAUCUGGGCCUUCUUUGCUGUGAUCUUCCUGGCCAGUUAUACAGCCAAUCUGGCAGCGUUCAUGAUCCAGGAGCAAUAUAUUGACACAGUCUCUGGGCUGAGUGAUAAGAAGUUCCAGAAACCCCAAGAGCAGUAUCCCCCAUUCCGGUUUGGAACAGUUCCCAAUGGCAGCACGGAGCGGAAUAUUCGGAGCAACUACCACGACAUGCAUACCCACAUGGUAAAGUACAACCAGCGCUCCGUGGAGGAUGCCCUGAUCAGUCUCAAGAUGGGGAAGCUGGAUGCCUUUAUAUACGAUGCUGCAGUGCUCAAUUACAUGGCUGGCAAGGAUGAAGGUUGCAAGUUGGUGACCAUUGGCAGUGGAAAAGUCUUUGCCACCACUGGCUAUGGCAUUGCCCUCCAGAAGGAUUCCAAGUGGAAGAGGGCAAUUGAUUUGGCCCUUCUGCAGUUCCUGGGAGAUGGGGAAACCCAAAAACUGGAGACUGUGUGGCUGUCUGGGAUCUGCCAAAAUGAAAAGAAUGAAGUGAUGAGCAGCAAGUUAGACAUUGACAACAUGGCAGGAGUCUUCUAUAUGCUGCUGGUGGCCAUGGGACUGAGCCUGCUGGUCUUUGCCUCGGAGCACCUGGUUUAUUGGAAGUUGCGACAUUCUGUCCCCAAGUCUCACAAGCUCGAUUUCCUUUUGGCUAUAAGCAGGGGCAUCUAUAGCUGUUUUAAUGGAGUCCAGAAUCUGGAGAGUCCUGGUCCUGUUCACAAACCUGAUGUCACUGCUAACUCUGCUCAAGUCAACGUACUGAAGAUGCUGCAAGCUGCCAAGAACAUGGUGUCGACAGCUAGUGUUGGGAACUCUUUAGAGAAUGCCACACGCACCAUUGAGAACUGGUCAAACCGGAGUGAAAACCUCCAAACAACCUUCUCUUUAAGGACUCCUCAGCUUGUGGUUCAGAACACUAGUGGUGGUCCUAACAGGUCAGACCAGCUCUCCAGUGCAGCGACAACUGAGAAGCUUGGGAGGCCUAUCACUCCAUUCCUUCCCACACCUCAGCAGCCUUUAGUGCCAGCCAGUGAAAACUGGAGAGGGACAAGUGAACAGCCACAGAUACUUCAUCCAGUGAAGUUCCGAGGGAGCUUUUCUGAGGAUAAGGUGCUUCCAGGUUCCACUGUGAACAGCUCCCCACACUACUUGGUAAGAACCACGCCUCAGACUCAUAUCAAAAAUCAUGUGCCGCUUGGAAACCACCUUAGUGCUGCUACUCACUCUCCAGUAGGGUCUCUUAGGGAGCUUCUUCCACCUCAGCAUAAGCUACCCAUGCCUCGAGGAAAGGAAAGGUCCCAACAGAAUGUUCACUUGGUGUACGGAGAAGGCGAGAAUAACAGCUCAGCCCAGAUGGCAAGGCUGGUGUCCACUUCUGAGAAGAGGAAGGAUUUGGAAAACCACUUUUUGCCUCACGCAUGCGUACACAAAUCCUUCCCCAGAGUUGACAGGACUUGCAGACCUUCAGUGUACAAAGAAUCUGACACAAUAGAGCAAAGGAGGAAGAAACAGAGCCACAGACAUAACCUCCCGAGGUCAACAUGGGAGCAUUAUGAGAGACCACAGUCUCUAGGCACCUGGAAGCAUCAUGGAAAGUCCUCUGUCUAUGGGGAUGUGCCAGACCUAUUCCCCAAAGCUGGUCUGACUCCAAAAACAUCAUCAGUGCCUGGAAUCCAUCACGGAAUCCACCACUAUCCUCCCAAUGCCCUUAGGCCAAGUCAUACAUGCAAUAGGAAAUGUGUGGGGGCCAAUAGUUUGCCUUGGAAGGACCAACGGUUACUGCAUUCUCAAACCGCAAGGCUCCCCUCCUACCGGGAGGCCUGCCUACAAAACACCUCAGGCAUGCACAGGGCUUCUUCCACUGUGGUGCACAAGCAGUAUGCCUACAUGAACUCUUACACAAACCUGCCUAUUUACUGGGGCUUUCCUCGACUGUGUGAACAGUCCAAUUCUGCUCAUCACUGUUUCACUCGAGCUCCCUGGUCCCCUUGCAGCAGGGACUUCUUGGUUCAUGAGGAUGGUCCAAGCAGCAUGUACUUCGGUAGCACAUACAGAGAUUGCAGGGACCAGAGCAGGGUGGAUCCAGCAUUUCUCCAGUUGGUCAACACAGAGAGAAGGGACUUCCUGGCCACCCAGAGGAUGAACAGCCCUUACGCAACGAGGUCUUGGAGGCGUAUCUCUAGCCUAGAGUCUGAGGUCUGAGAUGGAAAGAGAGAUGAUGCUAAGGAUGUUGAUACUUAAGAGUUCAUACAUGCUGAGGACUGCUUGUUGGGGACCAGUAGCCCUAAUAAGGGCAACAGAUGGACUCAUACAGUCUGCUUCUUCCUACUUAGCUGGCAUCAACUGGAAGAUCUUUGUCUCUUGUCUGCCGACCUGGAUCAAAAUAAGAGCAAGUGACCUUUCUCCUUCACCAGUUGAUGGAACGAAACAAAAAGCAGCGGCAGCUGAAGGCACUUUAAUGACUGAUUUCCAAAGUCUUCCAUCGCUGGGCACUGGGACACUCAUCAAGUGCAAGAAGACGCUCAUGGUGGUGAUUCACAGUCAUGCUGUCUCUGUGGAUAGCUUAAGUAUUAAUUUCAGUGUCAACCAUUUACAUUUCAGUGCCAGUUAUCUUUCAGAGCAUGCUCUCUGUGACACAGCUGGAGAUGCCCAACAGCCUACUAAGAAUUAGGAUUAUCUUGCUUUCCCAUGUGCACUGACCUAAAAUGGGGACUGUACAAAGGAUGUCCAGGCACAUAGUGUGAUAUUUUUAGUGUUUACAUUGCUUUCUGUUUCCUCAUACAGAACCCCAAAUGCCAAAACAGAGGUUAUUAAAGACACACUUCUUAAAAUGUA